AUGCAUGCGUUCGAGGCUGAGACGCUGGGAUUUAAGUUCGAGAGCACCGCUUUUCAGGCUAUCAUCAAGACUCUCCUCGAAUGGUUUCACGGAUACUACGACGUGCAUGAGGGACGUGUGGAGGAUGUGGCUAAAUUCGUAUCCAAGGAUAACCCUACGUCGACAAAGCGGCUCUACGACGUUCCCGAGCGUUGGCGGUCGAAGAAGAAUCGCGAAGUUGUCUCAGAGGAGGAGAAGCAUGAAGGGUAUGCCAAACUCGCCCGCAAUUUGGACGAUCAUACACAGAUGAUGGACCUCCUCCGAGACGCCUUCCAUAAAUCGGUAUGGCCUGAGCAGGACAAGAUGCCAGAUCAGUUGGAGCCGAAAUACAAGCAUCAAGUCUUCAGCAUGCAAGGUGCUUCGAGGUCGACGUCCAAGCGCACCGCCAGUCAAGUUUUCGAGCCAGAAUCUGAUCACGAACGAAACCCAAAGAUGUUACGGUCUAGCACUGGCAGCAGAUCCUGA